AUGGCGGAGAAUGCAGAAGUUGAUGAGCGGGUGGAUCUUGAUGACAAUUACAUGGAGGAAGAGGAUGAUGGUGUUGAAGAACAUGUAGAUGAGGACGGAGUGGACAGUGGUGAUGAUGAAAAUGGGGAACAAAACGACGAAGAGGAGUAUGAAGACUCAAAAUCUGAGGCGGAUGGAAAAGAUCAAUCAUUGGAAGUAGAAAGAAGCCGCAUUGAAAUGGAACAUACUGAAGAGGAAGAAAACCCCAUGGCUUCUAUUAGUGAAGAAGAAAAGGAGAAGUGGGCUCAACUUCUUGCCUUGCCUCCUAAUGGCUCUGAGGUCUUCAUUGGAGGGCUUCCGAAGGAUACCUCAGAAGAAGACUUGAGGGAACUUUGUGAACCAAUAGGAGAAAUUUUUGAGAUACGGUUGAUUAAAGAUAAGGAAUCUGGUGAAAGCAAGGGUUACUCAUUUGUGGCAUUUAAAACAAAAGAGGCUGCUGAAAAGGCUGUUGAAGAGCUGCACAGUAAAGAGUUCAGGGGUAAAGCUAUAAGGUGUUCUUUCUCUGAAACUAAGAACAGAUUAUUUAUCGGUAAUGUUCCCAAGAACUUGACUGAGGAUGAAUUCAGAAAAGCCGUCGAGAGUGCUGGUCCCGGAGUUGAAAAUAUAGAACUAAUAAAGGACCCUCAAAAUACAAGCCGUAAUCGUGGUUUUGCUUUUGUCUUGUACUAUAACAAUGCGUGCGCUGAUUAUUCAAGGCAGAAAAUGGCAAGUGUAAAUUUUAAGCUGGAAGGAAAUAACCCUACUGUCACAUGGGCUGACCCAAAGAGUACACCUGAAAAUUCUGCUGCUUCGCAGGUGAAAGCACUAUAUGUCAAAAACAUUCCCGAUAACACUUCUACGGAGAAACUAAAGGAAGUAUUUCAGCGCCAUGGGGAAGUAACAAAAGUGGUUAUGCCUCCUGGCAAGGCCGGUAAGCGGGAUUUUGGGUUUAUACAUUACGCUGAAAGGUCGAGUGCUUUGAAGGCUGUCAAAGAUACAGAGAAGUAUGAAAUAGAUGGUCAAGUCUUGGAGGUUGUCCUUGCCAAACCUCAGGCUGAUAAGAAGACCGAUGCAGCAUACCCUUACAGUGCCGGGCUUCAUACAAACCAUCUUCCGCAUCCUGGGUAUGGUGGUUUUACCAAAGCUCCUACAUAUGGCUCUGCAAGUGCUGGAUUUGGUGCUGCUACUAGUUUUCCGCAGCCAGUGAUAUAUGGAAGAGGGCCAAUGCCAACAAAUAUGGCUAUGGUACCCAUGGUUCUACCAGAUGGCCGAAUAGGAUAUGUCCUCCAACAGCCUGGAGUGCAUAUGCCAGCCCCACGUCCUCGAAGAGCUGAUAGGAGCAAUGGUCCGGGUGGAGCAGCAGGGCAAGGUGGAAAUAGUGGUGGUGCUGAUGGAAACCGCAGUAGAAGGUACAGACCCUAUUAGUUCGUGCAAUGUAGCUUUUUCUCGGAAACAGGAGACAUUGGAUGAGUUUUAGGGGGACUCCUUAACCAACCCAAAAUCAAGGAGCAUAAAUUGAUAUAGUAGAAAGAAUGAGAACAGUGCCGGAAUCGGGAAACAGGAGCACCACAUAAAAACAUUAAAAGGCCUUCUCUCUUUAGAAGAGGUAGUUGAAUUAAUAAUGUUUAGUUGUACGUCGUGGAUUGUUUUAUUCUUAAAAAAGGUUGGCUUUUGCUUUCAAGGUCUAUACAGGCGCCGGUCCGUAUUCCAUGUUUAAGGUCGAUUUUCUUGUAGGUUUCUUUGUUUCAUGGAUAUGAUCUGAUUGGAUUGGUUUUGGGUAAAUCUCAACUUGAAAUUUUGGCGCAGGCUUC